AUGUUGUGUUCUCAUGAGUUUCAGGAGCGUACGUUUGGCUGUAAGGUGUGUGGGAAAGUGUUCAAGCGCUCCUCCACCCUGUCCACUCACCUGCUUAUCCACUCUGACACACGGCCCUACCCCUGUCAAUACUGUGGCAAAGGAUUUCACCAGAAAUCUGAUAUGAAAAAACACACCUUCAUUCACACAGGUGAGUCAAUAUGUAUAGGGAUCUUGACUUUUAUCACGGUCACAUUAGAAACUUAUUAACUAUUGAAAAGAAAAGAACAAAAAACCAAUGGGAGUGGUAGGGGCAUGUGGUGCCUGGUAAAAAUGUAGUGGCUACGUGCCGGAGUAUGUGGGAAUAUAUAUAAAAUAUAAAGAAACCAAACCAUGCGUUAGUUUUUCCUUGCACAUAGACUACUUUCGGGGUGAGGAACCAUCUAACAUUACAUUAUAAAAGAAUGAACUUCCCUUUAAUACUAUGUCCCCUCUGCCCUCCUUUCCCAGGUGAGAAGCCCCAUGCGUGCCAGGUGUGUGGCAAAGCCUUCAGCCAGAGCUCCAACCUCAUCACCCACAGCCGUCAGCACAGUAGCAACCAGCCCUACCACUGCUGCCUCUACGGCUUCCAGCACAAACUGGACCUGAGACAGCGCGUAGACCUUCAGGCGAAGACCCUGCUACCAGCUGAUCUGAGAUCAGUUUUAACAAGCAAGAGAACCACUCCACAUAGAUAGCAACUCAGAGACUUUCACAUGGUUACAAUUUUGUAAAUCUUAGUCUGAUCAUUGUUUUAUUAUUUUAGGUGAUCAAACUCCCUUAAUUGUCAGUGAUUUACCUGUCAGGGGUAGUUAAAGGUAUGGCACUUUGAGAUGAAAUACAUUUUAGUGCUAAAUAUACUGCUCUUGUGAUGCCCACGUCAGUUCUCGAACUGAAUCCUUCUCUUCAGUUCUCUGGCACAUAAACUUUUACCUGGAUUGGGCUGAGAACUCCCCAUCCACCCUCUGUCAGCGCUACCCUAUAAAGGCAGAGCCAUCUCUCCACUCUGCACUAGAACACCUGAUCACUACAACCUUCAAGCCCUCCACUGCACAGAGGAAGAACACAGACACAGGUGGGUACAUCAUUUAAAAUACAUGCUUUAGGUUUUAAAUCACUAUUGGCCUCGUGGUAAUCUCGUCCCCAGGCUUAAUUACUACAGAGAGACCCGGCUGGCGACGAGAUUAGCUUCAUAGGCUGCGUUUACACAAGCAGCUCAAUUCUGAUAUUUUUUCUACUAAUUGGUAUUUUGACCAACCACAUCAGAUCUUUUUCAGAACUGAUCUGAUUGGUCAAAAGAUCAAUUAGAGCAGAUCUUUUUUCAGAACUGAUCUGAUUGGUCAAAAGACCAAUUACUGAGAAAAAUAUCAGAAUUGGGUUGCUUGUCUAAACACAGCCAUAGUGGCAUGACCUGAGCAGAGACGACUGAGGGAACUUACAGAUGUUGUAUGUAUGGGGUACAGUGCAGAGAUGGAUCAGUCAUGAACAAAAUCAUGUUAACCACAAUUAUUGCACAGAGAGAGUCAAUGCAAUCUAUUAUUUGAUUUUUAAAAUAAAUGUUUUCGUGAACUAAUUUAAGCUUGCCAUAAAAGGGGUUGAACACUUAGUUUAUUUUAAAGACAUUGUUUUAAAUCACUAACAUUAUGGAAUAUUUUGUGUAGAUCAGUGACAAAGUCCCAAAUUAAAUAAAUUUUAGUUGCCGUUUAACACAAAAAACGGAAAGUAAAAGGGGGGUGAAUACUUGGACACUGUCUGUAGUGUAACAUCCUGAUGGUGGUACUGUGUAUUGUAAUCUACCAUUUAUUAAAAUUCAAGAAUUGAAAUCGAUCAGGAAUUUGCAUUUGUCCUCUUUCUCACCUCUCUUCCCUCCCUCUAUAGCAGCAAUAGGAGCUAGUGGUUCAAUCAACAUCAACAGCGAUGCGGAAGGUAUGUAAACCUUCACUGCAAGCAGAUUGUUUUAAUAUUCAAUAAAAAAAAAACAUUACAAAAAACAUAUAAGAAUGUAAUCCAGUCCAACUGGAGCAGGGACUCUGUCUAUUAAUAAAUUAGUUGCCACUUAGCCUAUGUGGCCCAUCCCACAUGGGAUUCUAAGCAGAAGCGGAACUGCCACAGGGGAUGGGGGGGACAUGUCCCCCUCAAAAUUCAGAGCAGGUUGUUGGCCCCCUGGAGGUUGGGGGCCCCCCCAGAUAGCAUAUGAACAUGUCGUAAGCAAUGGCAAAAUAUGUAGAAUUGCAGGAAAUUAGCUAUAACGGUCGGCUUUGGGCACGGAAAACGGUCCAACUCCUCCUUUCUCAAUUUUCAAACAGAAAUGGGGUGUGCCUUUGGUGGGUCAUGCGCGCCGCGAACGACGUAGCUAGUUCAUUAGCUAAGCUAGCCACUUGUAGCUAGCCAGUAACUUCUUCAGUAUGUGUUGUCAUUUCACAGGAUUUGUUUUUGGACGGAAGCUGUAGAGAUGGCACUUCCGUAGCCAAAUAUCGUAUUCAUUUAUUUUUAAAGCAUUAAAUAACUGAUCAAUGCACCAUCAUACCAGGUUCAAGUUUAAAGCCGUUAUUUUUGCGUUUUUGACCAAAGUCUACCUUUAAAGUAAUUGCCCAGUGUUUCCAGAUUUCUAUGAAAUAUGACCUAUAAUGAAUUACAAUAUGAGCGAAAUGGUUUUCCUUCCCAAAAAUGUUUAAUUACGUAUGUUAAGCAUAUUUUCUGUGUUGGAAUGGUGUGGGCGUACCCCAACAACAGAAUGGUUUGGGCAUAUACCGUUCAUUAAAUAUUAAUUUGAGUAGACUGCUGAUUGGUCAGCUCAUCCGCCUCAGGACAACGACAUCCUCUGAGGAAAUAGCAAGCAUUGUGGUUUUUUCUCAAAUGUAUGCUUUCGCCACAAAUACAAGUAUAGGAUGAGUCAACAACAUUAUUUGCGUAUGAGUUAACAGAAUAUGAACUUAAGUGAGAUUUUCACUGAACAGUUACUUUAAAACUGCAUACUUUUCUCUCAUCCUCAUGGCAAAAUGUGAAGAAUAGCAUGACAUGAGCUAUAAAACCACAUUUUUUUCUCUCUGCCCCAUGGCCAAGUGUAGAAUUGCAGGAAAUUAGCUUUAAAACUGCUAAAUUCUCUCAGACAUAAAAACACAUUUCUCUGCCCGAUGGCAAAAUAUGUUGAAAUGCAGGAAGUUCACAUUUUUCCUAAGCUUUUUUGUUGUUGUUGGGGGGCCUUCCACUUAUACUGCGUUUUCAUAGUAUCCCUCCAUAUACCCCUCAAGAGAGGCAUAGUAAGUCAUGUCAAACUGUAGAAUUGCAGAAAAUGAGUUUUAAUGUUAAAAUAAAUUGCUUGUAAGACCAUGCUAGAGAGUUUGUAGUGUACUCUUGACUAAAGACAGUAGUGGGUGGAUUAACAAUGCUAAAGAGGGGGUCCAAACAAACACAUCAAUAGUUAUAGUAAGUUGAACUAGGAGUUAAACAAUGAAUGUAGUACAUUAAAGGCACAGGUAAAACUCAUGUUGAUCAUGAUCGCAUACUGGUGAAGUCAGUCGAUGGCUGCCAAACCAAGAAAUGUUUGGUGCGCUUGGCAGCCAUCUUUAUAGGGUCAGGUGACAGGUCACCUGAUUUUCAUUUGAUGGUCACCUGAGAGGUCACCUGACUUGGAGGCCAUCUUGGUAUGGAACAUUGUCAUUAUCUGGCUGAACAGUUCUGAACAUUUACAUUGUUAGUAGUGUGUGUGACUGUUGCUCUCAGCAGUGUUCCUAGCAAACACCUAAUACUGACAACCACAUUUCUUUCAGCACUGUCCAGUAUUGAUUCUCUCUCUCUCUCUGUUUCUCUUUUGUUCUCUCAUUCUCUUAGGUUGUAAUAUAGCCAACGCUACAGGCGGCAAAGUGCGUCUCUACUACAAGGCAGAGAAGAUGGCUCUCUGUGACCUCAUCGAGGGGAGUCAACUCAAGAAGGGCGACUCCAUCCUCAUCCUGGAAGGGGACUUUAAGAAGAGCCUUCUCCCUCAUAACCUCUAUGUCACUGGCUUCCAAGUAGAAAGUGGCAAUACACAUAUUUGCCAUGAGAAAUCUCCACUGAAUGGGCUGAACAAUAUCCUGGCAGAGUAUGCUGACGGUCACCCCAAGUCCUACAUCCUCACUGUCGACAAAGAGGUGAAGUUCGCCAAGACCGGAGAGAUCUGGGUGGAUGAGGACGGGGUGGAUCACAACCCCAAAAAGUAG